CUGCUCAUAUCGUUGCAGCAGUCUGGAGGCUCGUUGGUUGCAGCUCUCAUUUCGCUGGAGCACUAGUCAAAAUAAUUGGGUUAACAAUCUUGCCCUUUCUUUCUUUCGGUCUGUUAGGGUUGCCCACCCACCCUUCCGCUCUCUCGCCUCAAAAUGGAGGUUUCCGUUCGUUUCUUCGGAUCGACCGCCGCUCUCCAUCGCCAAUUCCGGCUGAUCACCGUCCCCUCCUUCCCUCUCCCCCUCCCAAACUCUAGAUUUCCUCCGGUUGGCAGCAGCGGCUGCGGCUCGCCGACGCCGUUCGUCUUCCAUCCGUGCUCUCGACUCGCACGACGAUCCGCCGCCGGCCUUUGCUCCUCCCCGCCGCGAUUGGCCAGUUCCUCCCUUUCUCUCCCACCUCUCCUCUCCCUCUCCCAUCUCUUCGCCUCUAUGUCUCCCCAAGAGGGAGCCCUCGCCUCCGAUUCGGGUCUCAAGGAGGGCUUCGUCAACUGGGGUCGAGAUCGGGAUGUCCUGGAGGGGGGAGAUUUAGGGCUUUACAACGAGAAGGGAGCGAUUUGGAGGGUCGUGAUGCUCGGUUGGCUGGGAGCUGAGCCGAAGCAUCUCAACAAGUACGCGGGGUUGUAUACCUCCAAGGGGAUCGAACCGGUGAAGUUCGUCAUCCCGGUGAAGGAGCUCUUGGGUUUUGAUCUGGGGAGGAGGGUACAGGAUAAGAUUGCUCGGUUCACUACAGAGCUUGUUUCUUGGUGCUCGCAGACUGAGGAAGAUGGCAGAGAGCGUUGUCUGCUCUUUCACACCUUCAGCAAUACGGGUUGGCUAACCUAUGGUAGCAUACUUGAGAACUUGCAAACAAGGCCUGAUAUAAUUGAGAAGAUCAAAGGAUGUGUUAUCGACUCUGGAGCUGACCCUGAGAUAAGCCCUCAGGUGUGGGCUGCAGGAUUUUCUGCUGCUUUGCUGAAAAAGCGUAGCUCCUUGAUAAGCUCUUCUGAUGAAAAUAAUGGAGUAGCCAAACCGGAUAUGAAAAUGAAUGGAACGGGCACAAAGGACAAUAGUUCCUCUUUUGCUGAAAUUUUAACAUUAUCACUUCUAGAAAAGUUCUUCACAUUGGUUCUAAUGCUGCCUGACGUAAACCAGAGGCUGAGGAAGACCAUCUCCAUACUGUGGAACAAACAGCCGCUCUGUCCUCAGCUCUAUCUGUACAGUUCAGCUGACAUGGUCAUUCCAGUCAACUCAGUAGAAAACUUUAUCAAGGAGCAGAAGACCUCAGGAAGAAUUGUACAUGCUCAUGAUUUCGGUUCAUCCCCACAUGUUGACCAUCUAAGGAGCUACCCUCAAAUGUAUUCUGCCAAAAUUACUGAGUUCAUGGAAGAGUGCUGCACUGUGGUGCCACAGGUGAUUUCUUUUCAAAAAAAAGAAAACUUUUAUUAAGUUAAAUAUCUAUUACAUCCCAUACCUUGCCUCCUCAAAGCACAGAAUUGAAUACAAAAAGUAUGGCCAGUUAGAUCUCCACACCUGAUCAACUUAAAAAUCCUUAUCUUGUACAGCUAGGGAAUGAGAACUCCUGUUACCCUGUCUACAAACAUGGUUGAUCUUUACAACCCAAAAAAUAGUAUAAAGAGUUUGUGAUCUUUCAGUUACACUUGUUUAGUGUUUUUGGCAGGACACAAGGCUAGAGAGGACACUACAAGAAAGGAAUUGCACAUGCUUUGCAGGAGGGCAUGGCCAAACUGGAAAUUGAAAAUGUUCUACAAAUCCUCUGGAUUCUAUCCGUCACUCGAGUUCCUUCCUAUUUUUGCUGUCUUUCUGGCCUUUGUGACAAUGUUUUACAGAUUAGUCAUCUGAAUUCACUCUUUCUUUCCUCCAAAAGAAGAUAAAAAAGUUUCUUCCUAUGGGGAAAUUGUGUUCUUCCUUGUUUUUCAUUUUGUAUUAGUUGGCUCUGUUUUCUUGUGCAUAUGACAUUACUGUAUGCUUAUUUGUUAAAUAUUCUCGCCUUUGGUGGGUUUUUUAGCUA